AAAAUUUUCAGUAACCCUUAGUAUGGCAACUCACACCGGUAUAAGCAAUUGUAUACGAACCACUCAGUAAUUGACUAUGGUGAGAAUCGACGAAUUCUUCAAUAAAGCCUCUGCUAACAAGAAGACACCUCUGUCUAAGAGAAAGAAGCCAGUGGAAGUGAUUGAUAUCGAUGACGAUAUAGAAGAGCCAGUCAGUAAGAAAAGAAAGGAAGUAGAAGGAGAAGAAGCAAAAGUUUCCAGUAAGUAUUUUCCCAGUAAAUCACCUAAUAAGUCUAAGUCUAAACCCAAACUGAUAAGUCUAGAUUCAGAAGAUAAUGAUUAUGAUGAUGAAUUUAUGGAUGAUGACUUUGAUGAUGAUGAUCUUGAAAUCAUAGAGGCUGCAGCCAAGACGGCUAGAAAGCCAGCUACUCCUAGAAAGACAGUAACUAAACAGCCAGAACCAGUAUCAGUACCAGAACCAGUACCAGUACCUAAGGUAACUCCUAACAAAACAAGCCCUAAGAAAGCAAGCCCUAAGAAAGAGAAAACUCCACCAGCUUCAUAUAAACCUUCAGGAGGUUUAUCAGCCGCCGAUAUUCUAGCUACUAUACCAGAUGCUCAUUUACCAGAAGAUGUCGAAGAUAAGAAAUUUAAUUUCUUUGCUCAUGCAAAGGCAACUUCAUCUACUGGAGGUAAUGAACCACCAAUUAUUCCAAAUGCUCAAGAAAAUUGUUUAUCAGGAUUAACUAUUGUAUUUACUGGAGUAUUACCAAGUUUAGAUCGUGAUACAGCCGAAAAUCUUGCCAAAAAGUAUGGAGCUAAAGUAACUAAAUCGAUUUCAAGUAAAACAAGUUUAGUAGUAAUUGGUGAUGAAGCUGGACCAUCUAAAGUUAAAAAAAUUAAACAAUUUAAAAUCAAAGCCAUUGAUCAAGAUGGAUUUGUAAAAUUAUUAACUGAAAUGCCAGCAGAAGGUGGUGAUAGUGAAGCAGCAUUUAAAGCUAAAUUAAAACGUGAAGAAGAAGAACGGAAACUAAUGGAACAAAUUAAAGCGGAAGAAGAUGCUGAACUUGAAAGAAAAUUAAUUAGACAACAAGAAUUAAAGUUACAACAAGAGAAAUUAACAAAACAAGCUUCAACAUCUAAUCGAUUACCAAGAGAACCAAUUAGAGAAAUUCCUGAUGAAGAAAAAUUAUGGACCGUUAAAUAUGCUCCUACCAAUAUUAGUCAAUUAUGUGGUAAUAAAGGUCAAAUUCAAAAAUUAAAGAAUUGGUUACAAAAUUGGUUUAAUAAUUCAAAGCAUAAUUUUAAAAAUCCUGGUCCUGAUGGUUCAGGAAUUUUCCGAGCAUGUAUAAUUAGUGGAGCUCCAGGAAUUGGUAAAACCAGUACUGCUCAUAUAAUUGCUAAAUCUCUUGGAUUUGAUAUAUUAGAGAAAAAUGCAUCUGAUGUAAGAUCUAAAAGUUUAUUAAAUUCAAAUUUAAAGGAAGCAUUAAAUAAUACUUCAGUAGUUGGAUUUUUUAAAUCAAAAGAUGAAGGUCAUCAUAGUGAACAUGGUGAAAAUGAUAAAAAAUUUUGUCUUAUAAUGGAUGAAGUUGAUGGUAUGUCAAGUGGUGAUAAUGGAGGAGCCGGAGCUUUAUCAGCGUUUUGUAGAAUUACUAAAAUGCCAAUAAUUUUAAUUUGUAAUGAUAGAUCAUUACCAAAAAUGAGAGUAUUUGAUCGAGUAACUUAUGAUUUACCAUUUAGAAGACCUUCUGAAAUGGAAGUUAAAUCUCGAUUAAUGACAAUUGCUCAUCGAGAAAAUAUUAAAUUAGAUCCAACUAUUAUUGGACAAUUAGUUCAAGCAACUAGUAAUGAUAUUAGACAAAUGAUUAAUUUAUUAUCUACCGUAUCUAAAACUCAAAAAUCAAUUGGAUCAGAAACUGCUAAAGAUGUUUCAAUAAGUUGGAAGAAACAAACCAUAUUAAAACCAUUUGAUAUUGCCAGUAGAUUAUUAAAUGGACAAAUAUAUUUAGAGAAUUCCAAACAUUCAUUAAAUGAUAAAAUUGAUUUAUAUUUUAAUGAUAUUGAUUUUACUCCAUUAAUGAUUCAAGAAAAUUAUUUAUCUACUAGACCUUUAGGUACUAAUACAUCAUUACAACAUCUUGAACGAGUUGCUAUUGCAGCCGAUGAUAUUUCAUUAUCUGAUCAAGUAAAUUCUUUAAUUAGAUCAAGUGAACAACAAUGGAGUUUAUUACCAUUUCAUGGAGUUAUGUCUUCAGUUAAACCUUCACUGGAAGUUGCAGGAAAUGUAACUCAAAGAAUGAAUUUUUCUUCAUGGUUAGGUCAAAAUUCCAAGACUCUGAAGUAUCAAAGAUUAUUACAAGAUAUUCAAUAUCAUACAAGAUUAAGAACUUCAACUGAUAAAAAGGAAUUAAGAUUAGAUUAUUUAUCAUUAUUAAUUAAAAAAUUAACUAUUCCAUUAAUUGACCAUCAAGAAGAAGGAAUAGAUGAAGUAAUUAAAAUUAUGGAUUAUUAUUACUUAACCAAAGAAGAUUGGGAUUAUAUAAUUGAUUUUGGAGUUGGAACAGAUAAAUCAGAAAUUAUUUUAAAAAAGAUUCCUACUAAAGUUAAAUCAACAUUUACAAGAAAAUAUAAUGCUGCUACUCAUCCUAUUGCCAUAUAUAAAACUGGUAAUUCUGUUGGAAAUGGUGGAGUUCGAAAACAAAAGGUUGAUUAUGAAGAUGUUAUUGAAGAUGAUACAGCUGCAAAAGAUGAAGAUGAAGAAGGUGAAUCACAAGAUGGAGAUAAGAUAGAUGCUAAGAAGGAUAAGUUGAUUAAAGAAGUUAAACCCAGGGCCAAGGCGAAGCCCAAGAAAGUUACCAAGAAGAAGUAGAUGUGUAGGAUAUAUACUAUGCUGUAUACUAUAUACCAUAUAUGCUAUAUACUAUAUACUAUAUGCUAUAUACAAAAUAACCUUAAUA